UCAAAAAUGGAGUUUGCAUCCACAGUUAUGCUGUAACUGGCUUUCAAUCGCUAUUCUUUAGUAAAGGGAGUGUGACAGCUGAGUUGUUUUGAACGCAGCUCGCAUUAGACGAAGGAGUUGCCCUCUCGCAACAGCAUCAAAUUUAUGAUCACCUCAGACAAGAAAGAUUAUAAAGAUAGAUGUGAACGCCGGGCUCGUAAUGUAAAUUUAACACAAAAUGCAACCUUUCUAAACAGUUGAGAAUAACUUUACAAUGUGGGAAUCGCCCUGAGCUUUAAUUAUCCACGGAUGGACCUGGUGCCCGUCGGCGGCUGAGACAUCAUUUACAAUCCGCUGCGAGACUGACGAGGCGGGACCGCCGACAGGAUGGUGGAGCGGUCGGACCGAGCUCCUCUGCUGGACUGGGAGGAGGUUCCGUCCGCGGAGAAGCCCGGCGGAGCGGCACCGGUGGCGGCACACACCAAGGACCGACUUUCGAGCCCCUCCAACAGCCGUGCAGGGUGGAGCAGCAGUCCAGGGGGUCCCAGCAGGUCUGUCUCAGACGGCUGCAGCGCCCCACCCGCGACCUCCAGCAUCCCGGCGGGCAAGGAUGAAGCCCUGCUACCCGACAGCGAGCAGCAUCUCUCGGAUCUAACGUCCAGGGAGGUUUCGCUGGAAGAUAGGAUGGUGAAAUGGGAGGAAAAGGAUCAGAUUGUGUCGGUCUUUGUCGUUACAUUCAACACCAGAUCAGGAAACAUGCUGGAGUGGUGUCUGCCCAAAGACAUGGACCUGGAGGGAGUGGAGUUCAAAGCCAUCGCCAGCGGCUCGCACCGAGUCACCACAGACUUCAUCUACUUCCGGAAGGGCUGCUACUUUGGCCUCGCCUGCUUUGCCAACAUGGCGGUGGAGAGCACGGUGGAGAGGGGGGCGAGGAUGAAGUCAGUAGGGAUCCUGUCUCCUUCCUACACUCUGCUCUACCGCUACAUGAGCUUUCUGGAGCACCAGGUCAGGCUCCAGCUUCAGUCCCCAGGCCACUACUCUCCCCUGGAGGCCUUCUAUGAGGACAAGAGAGCACUCCUGCCCCCCAGUGGUGAUGGUGUUGUUACUGCAUGUCCAGCUAAUGCCUGGGGAGCUGCAAUUAACCACAGCAUGCACCCUGAGAUGAAGAUCACCCAUCCUGCCGGCUGUAUGUCCCAGUUCAUUCGCUUCUUUGGCGAGCAGAUCAUGGUGUUGUGGAAACUAGCUCUCCUGCGCAGACGCAUCCUCAUCUUCUCCCCUCCACCUGUGGGCGUGGUCUGCUACAGAGUGUACUGCUGCUGUUGCCUGGCGAACAUCUCCAUCCCCGGUAUCGGCGUGGCUGUGCCCGAGUUCCGCCCGUUCUUCUACGUUAAUGUGGCCGAUAUCAGCGCCCUGGAGAACGAGCUCUCCUACGUGGCGUGCACUACUGAGAAGAUCUUUGAGGAGAAGAAGGAUCUGUAUGAUGUGUAUGUCGACAAUCAGAAUGUAAAGACCUACAGAGACGGCCUGAAGCCUCUGCUCCGCCUCAGCACCGCAGACAGGGAGAAAUACCGCAAACUCACUGAACAGAGGCAGAUGUUGCUGUACUCCCAGGAGGAGAAUGGAGACUGUGUGUCCAGUGAAGAGGAUCUUUUUAUUCUAUUUUUCCUGGAGCAGAACAACAGGAUUUUCCAGACCCUCAGCGAGGUGGCAGGGAGCCCUGAUCCCACGCUGACCCAGGAGAGCGUGAGGGCCAUGGGUCUGGAUCCCCACGGAGAUCGGCUCUUCCUGCUCCACCUGCUGGAGAUCUACGGCUAUGACACCCUGCUGGUGUCAGAGCAGCUGUGCUGCAGUUGAGAGACAACAGACGGCCGGCUUUCUGCCUUUCAUCACUGAUGGUUUUAAAGGGGGGGUUGCCUCAAGCAAACUUUGAGUGCUGCACUACUGACUUCUUCAGGACUGUCUGGAACUCUCUGGUAUAUUUUUUUUGUUGUAUAUCUCCCUGUGAUUCUUUUGUUUGCCGUGGAUCCACAUCUUCAAAACCUGAUGGCAAGAGCAACAACUGUCAGGUCUCAUGUAUUGUAACCCAGAGUAAUGUGGUCAGUUCUGCUUGAGACAGCCUCUUAAGAUGGAUUACUCACCCACGGCUGAUAAAGUGAUUCUCUGGUUGAGUACAGCUGAAGCAUUUCGACGCUGAGCCGUGUUUGAAUGCAUGGAUGGCAGGUUCAAAACUAAGAUGAUGACAGGAUCAAAUAACUCCUUUGAAUGAAACUUCCUCUAAGAUGAAGCAAAAUGAAGAUGAAACAAAACGUGUACUGAGGAUCAAUGUAUGAAAGUGAAAAAGAGAGGUAGCUGUCUUGUAAAUAGUUGUUUUUUCCCUUAAUGUAUAGUGUGUAAGCGUAUGUGUGAUAUGGGCUCCGUCUCUCUGCCAGUGUUGCUUUCCUUGUAUCAAGUGCUGGAUUUACACAUCUCAUCUUUAAGCCUCUUCAUCCAAAUCAGGGCCUCGUUUCUUGAAAUCUAACUUAGGUCACUACAAGCAGGUAAAACACCUUUGUCUUCAGGAGCCAUGUCUGUUAGCACUGCUGUUUAACUGACAUCAUGGACUUUAUAAAAGAAGUGGAUAUAGCCACCGUGACAUUAAUAAUUUCUUUGUGGACUACCGUUUUAAAGCGCUGAUUUAGCCAUCUUGUUUUUUUGGAGCCAGAAGUGACCAUAUUUCGAUAAAAGGCUGGAGCUGUGGAGGAGCGAUGGGUGGAUCUGACUGAGAACCUUAUCAUCACAAGGUGGCCAUGCCCUAAAGCAUUUCUUGCUUCAUGGUCUACUUUACUUAAAAUGGGACCAUGAAAAAUGAACAUCAUUCUCUACUGAACAAGACUUGAGACUAGCAACUGAGCCCAUCAACUCAUAAGGAAAAUGUUGGGAGUCGUUUUCUCUGACACUGCUAUACAAUCAGUUGAGUCGCACCCUGCUGGCCAUUUGAAAGGAUGCAGGUUUAAAGCGCUUCGCAAUGGCUUCAAUUUUCAUGCAUAGAGAUAACCCCUUAAUGCAACAAAAAGAUCAAUUUGCCAUUGAUGUUAAGCUAAGGGCAUAUCAGAUUUUGUAAUGAUGUCCAACAGGCAAGGAUGACGUUUACAUGAACAUGGAGGCAACUUCAAAAUGGCUCAUUUGCACCCGCACUGUCACCUGGACCUGCAGUUCAAAGGCUUUAGCUGUAACACAAAAAGCACUGUUUAGUCUUUAAGGCUUUUCUCUGAUGUCGAGUCAUGUUUUUCAGCUCUCAUAUCAAGACAAAGACAGGCCUUCAGGUGGCGAGUUCACCACUUCAGAUGAUUCUCUCAAUUCAGAGACACUGAGUUGAUUUAUUUAACAGCAGCUGUCUGCAAAGUAGAUCAUAGAGAAUCGGUUAAGACACAACUCUAUAACUUUUAAGAUCUGUACAUUUUGAAGCACUCCAUAGAACAAGCUUUGUCAACAGAAAGGUUGCACUUGUUUGAAAAUGAAGUGAGCUUAAAGCUGCAUUAAUCAUUUUU